UCAGUGUGGCCCCAAAGUUCCACCUGUCAGUGCUCAUCAGUGCCAUGUGCCAGUGCCCAUCAGUGCUACAUCAAUGCCACAUAUCAGUGCAUACCAGUGCACAUCAAUGCCACAUAUCAGUCCCCAUCUGAGCUACCUUUCAAUGUCACCCAUCAGUGCCAGUCAGUUCCACCUAUCAAUGCCAAUCAGUGUCGCCUAUCAGUGCCAUGCCCAUCAGUGCCACCUAUCAGUGUCCAUCAGUGCAGCCUAUCAGUGCCCAUCACUGCAGCCUCAUUAGCGCACAUCAGUGAAGGAGAAAAAUCACUUAUUUACAAAAU